AUGUGUCCUUGGGGAUUUAAUGAUCAAACUAAUCAUUUAGUAUAACAAAACGACAUACCUGGUCUUAGAUAAGUAUCUGAACAUUAUGAAUUUUUUGUCCUAAAUUAUUCCAAAAAAAUGUAAUUUACGCAUUAAUAAAGAUAUUUCUUGAGUAGAUGA